AUGGAAGGGCAGGACCCGGAAGGACCUGGACCUUCCAAGAGAGUAAGGAAAGGUCCCCUGCCCAUCCAGGCUUGGAGUGGCAUCGAAUUCUGGGAGAGAGCUGUGCCAGAUAUCUGGAAUGAGGAGCCCCUCAACUCAGAGAGUUGGGGUCCAUCUGUGAAGAUGGAAGCUAAGUUCUGUGAGACGGAAAGAGCCCCUUCAGAGGAAGGGCAGUGGGCCCAGUCCCAGGAGUGUGCCCAAGAUGCCCUCUCAUGCGGCAGCGAAGAGACAGUGUUGAUCCAUUCUCUUUGCGGAAGUGUGGAAACAGCUGCUGCGCUUCCAGACUUGGUAGCAGGGAAUGAUCAGUGGAAUGAGCGUGAUCGGAACGUGCAUCAGCUAUUGCCAGAUAAAGUGAAGAAUGAAUAUUUGAAAGGAAACUCCGUGAGUCAAGGCAAACUAAAGAGGCAAAAAGAAAGUCACAUGGUCAAGAAGAGAGAUAAACGCAUUCCUGGCCAACAGCAGGAUGUCUGUAAACUAGUCCACGUGGUGGAGGCGGCGUGCAAGUGCUUACAUGGUUACCUUCGUAAGCACUUAAGAACGCACACAGGGGAGAAACCUUUUGAAUGUGCUGAGUGUGGAAAGAAAUUCAGUGACAGUGGCCAUCUUCAAAGGCAUUUAAGAACCCACACAGGGGAGAAACCUUUUGAAUGCUCAGAGUGUGGAAAGAGAUUUAGGCACAGUGGCAGUCUUCAAAGGCAUCUAAGAACCCACACAGGGGAGAAACCUUUUGAAUGCUCAGAGUGUGGAAAGAGAUUUAGUCACAGUAGCAGUCUUCAAAGGCAUCUAAGAACCCACACAGGGGAGAAACCUUUUGAAUGCUCAGAGUGUGGAAAGAGAUUCAGUGAGAGUGGCCGUCUUCGAAGUCAUCUAAGAACCCACACAAGGGAGAAACCGUUUGAAUGCCCAGAGUGUGGAAAGAGAUUUACUAGCAGUGACAGUCUUCAAAGGCAUCUAAGAACCCACCCAGGGAAGAAAUCGUUUGAAUGUUCAGAGUGUGGAAAGAGAUUGUCAUGCAGUGGUGGUCUUCGUAAGCACUUAAGAACCCACACAGGGGAGAAACCUUUUGAAUGCUCAGAGUGUGGAAAGAGAUUCAGUGAGAGUGGCAGUCUUCGAAGCCAUCUAAGAACCCACACAGGCGAGAAACCUUUUGAAUGCUCAGAGUGUGGAAAGAGAUUCAGUGAGAGUUGCAGUCUUCAAAGGCAUCUAAGAGCCCACACAGGGGAGAAACCGUUUGAAUGCCCAGAGUGUGGAAAGAGAUUAAGUGAGAGUUGCAAACUUCAAAGGCAUCUAAGAACCCACACAGGGGAGAAACCUUUUGAAUGCUCAGAGUGUGGAAAGAGAUUUAGUCACAGUGGCCAUCUUCAAAGGCAUCGAAGAACCCACACAGGGGAGAAACCUUUUGAAUGCUCAGAGUGUGGAAAGAGAUUCAGUCUAAGUGACACUCUUCAAAGGCAUCUAAGAACCCACACAGGGAAGAAACCUUUUGAAUGCUCAGAGUGUGGAAAGAGAUUAAGUCGCAGUGGCCAUCUUCAACAGCAUCAAAGAACCCACACAGGGGAGAAACCUUUUGAAUGCUCAGAGUGUGGAAAGAGAUUUACUAGCAGUGACAGUCUUCAAAGGCAUCUAAGAACCCACCCAGGGAAGAAAUCUUUUGAAUGUUCAGAGUGUGGAAAGAGAUUGUCAUGCAGUGGUGAUCUUCGUAAGCACUUAAGAACCCACACAGGGGAGAAACCUUUUGAAUGCUCAGAGUGUGGAAAGAGAUUCAGUCAGAGUUGCAAUCUUCGAAGUCAUCUAAGAACCCACACAGGCGAGAAACCUUUUGAAUGCUCAGAGUGUGGAAAGAGAUUCAGUGAGAGUUGCAGUCUUCAAAGGCAUCUAAGAACCCACACAGGGGAGAAACCUUUUGAAUGCUCAGAGUGUGGAAAGAGAUUCAGUUGCAGGAGAAUCCUCUCUUCAUAG